AUGCUUUGGGAAAUACAGCUCACGUCAUGUGAACCUGAAUCGUUUGAUGAAUUGAUGCUACCUGAACUAAAACCAUCAGUGGUGUUAUCAGUUGUGAAGGUGAAACCGACGAUAGUGCUCAACAGACUCAGCAGUUAUAGAAGGAUCCAGAGAGCGUGGGCGUAUAUUCAUCGGUAUAUCGAUUGUAAGGUGUACAAGAAACAGGUGUCUGGUGAUAUUACUGUCGACGAAAUUAUGAGGGCUGAGAAAUCUGUAUUAUUGCUUGUCCAACGCGAAUCUUACGGAGAUGUUUUGAAGUCACUAAAAUCUAACUCCGUUCAGCAACACCCGUACCGAAAUCUGGCACUCUUUGUGGACGACGAUGGGUUAAUACGAGUUGGUGGUCGUUUAAAAUAUUCUUCUAUUCCGUAUGAUGGCAAGCACCAGGUGCUCCUACCACAGAAGCAUCACAUCACCGAAUCCAUUGUUCGUGGGCUGCAUCAAGAACAUUUUCACGUCGGCCAGAACGGGCUUUUAGCAAUCGUUCGUGAACGUUAUUGGCCUGUCCAUGCUAAGCAGUUGAUUAAAAAGGUGGUUACGUCAUGUCAGGUGUGUGCACGCCAGCGUCCCAUACCGGGCAUCCAGUACAUGGGUAACCUUCCCGGCUGUAGAGUAAAUCCGUCACCGCCAUUCUCCAAGGUAGGAAUAGACUAUGCCGGUCCAUUUAUGCUGAAACUUGGAGGACGUAGUACGUAG